AUGGAUGAGCUGAUGAAGGAGCCGUUCGGCUUGCUUUGUCGUCUACGAUCCGACCGGAAUAUGUGGUUGCGCUCGUUCGUGCGCGAGCUCAUUGUCCCUCAAAUCGCAGCCGUUUACUCGGAUGGGGUCCGCGAUGACUUCGAGGACCACGAUUACCUGUCGUAUCUGGUGCAAAGUCUCCCAAACCUGAGGCUUGUCCGCCUCAUGCAUCCGCUCUCGUUUAACAGUCAGUACAUGCACAGCAUGCGCCUUCAUCCGAACAAACCAGAGCUGCAUCUCUUGGCCGUUCAAGGAUGGGAACCCACCCCCUCUGAAACCCUUCAUUGUGUCACGACCAUAAAAGUCACGCUGUUCCGCGAACUCCGCCAUGACGUCCCGGGGGGUGUGCACCCUUACAUGCAAGCCUUCAGGGAUCUUUUCUUUUCCUGUCCUAACCUCAAGUCCUGCUCGCUCACAAUGAUGGGCCCUGCUCCUCCUCCGCAGCAGCUGACCAGAAUCGAAUUGACUGGCCAAGAAAUAUUUCCACCUCUUCAGCAUCUCGCGCUGAACGGCCACUCUAUUCAUCCAGAUGAAUGGUCAAACUGGCGAACUCAAUUCCCGUGGUCUUCCCUGACGUCCUUGGAAAUUGGACCACAGCCACACUACGUGGAAGAUUUCCUGGGACAACUCAGUGGUGUGACCUCUCAACUCUCUUCGCUGGAGAAAUUCAAAAUCUCGGUCUGGGCUGGCCAAGAAGAAGAAGUGGCCGAAGAUAGGCUGAAAAGGUUCCUUCUUUCCAUUGACAGUCUCCAAACCCUCGAGAUUACCAAUUACGAUUGCACAGUCGAGACAGUCGCCGCCCAUAAAAAGCUUCGCCAUCUCGUUGUCCGCCUCUCAGAAAACUGGGAUUCUCAGGAAUCAUAUGACCCAUUGAGUUCUUCCGAACUAUUCCAUCUGGAUCGGAAUUGUCCGCAGCUGGAAACGCUCGAGAUCUACUUUGAACGCGUGGGUGACGAUGGGAACCAAUGGAAUUACGAUGCCCUCAGAGCCCUCGCCAUAAGCUUCCAAAACCUCCGAAACCUGACCCUUCACGUCCGCAUCGGAAGCGUCAGAGACCAUGGCCAGCCGCUGGAACCAAAGCUCAAUUAUGAGUCUGCGCGGGAGAUCGGGGCCAAGUUCUUCAAGCUCCGAAAGGACGCUUCUGAGUUCAGACACAGACAAUCGAAGGAACCAGGUGCGCCAAAGGAUCGGUUUGAGAAAUUGACCCUGUACACAGGGCCUGGGCUCGCUUCGUCGACUGCUUUCAUUGAAAAUAAGAAAGUAGAGGAAUUCAACAAGAUGACGCUAGAGCUCACCAAUCCGCAUGACGAUAUCGAUGACUUGUCUCUCGUGCACCCCGAGAGGGAACUGGUCGAGGCUCAGUACCUCAAAGAUCACCCCGAUGGAACUGCCAAGAGGGUGCGUCUGGCCAUUCAGGUAGGGGAGGAUGGAGCCCUGCAUGAGAAUGACGUGCCACCGGUUGAGUGA